AUGGAUGCUCGAGAUGCCGGUGAGGAGUCGUUCGAGAUUGGGCGGGAGACUGAGACUGAGACUGAGACGGAGGCGGAGCUGUCGAAUCAGUGGCCGGAUAAAUUCGAUGAGGAAGGGAGAGUUUUCAAAGCGAGGAUGCUGGAGUUUCAUGAGUUGGGGAAGUGGCUGCGUGGGCGAAUAAUGCGGGCUGUUGCGGUGGGGUUGGGGAUUGAGGAGGGGUGGUUUGAUCGACUGCUGCAUUAUCCGGAAGUGAGGAGUGAGGCGUUUAGGGAGAAUGGGAAUACUGUUAGGGCGGGGGCGCAUACGGAUUAUUGGAGUAUUACUUGUUUGUUUCAGGACGACAGAGGCGGCCUGCAGGUGCUACCGCCCAGUUCGAACUAUGUUGAUGCCACACCGAUCAAGGACACCAUCGUAGUCAAUGCAGGAGACUUGCUAGCUCGCUGGUCGAACAAGACCAUCAAGAGCACGAAGCAUCGCGUUGUGGAGCCACCCACGACGGCAGAUGUGCAUCCGGCAAGGUACUCCAUUGCAUACUUUUGCAAUCCCAACUUCGAUCAGUUCAUCGAUGCCAUUGCGGGCACGUAUAGUGAGACAAGGCCGAAGCAGUAUCCAGGCAUGAGCAGUGGAGAAUAUCUCGUGCAGCGUCUUGCAGCGACGUAUUGA